AUGAAGUCGCCUGUUACUCCUGUGAAAGAUGAACUUAAGAGCAGUUUCACAGAAAACAGAAUGCCUGAUUUGCUCAAGUCUCGAAGCCCAGCACCAUUCUCCUACUCAGCUUCACCAAACCCGGAGAUUCUCUCAACGGCAGCCGUUCAAGAUCUUACAAGCAGCCUGACCGAAGCGCUUGCUUCCUUCUCGAAAACGCCUCCAGCUUCUAACGUCACAAGUGAUAGUGGUUACGAUGGCGAUGGUGCCCUGCAGCAGACACCGCAGGAUCGUACUCCCAGGACAGAGCAAUCCUUUUCUGAUCACAAAUUUGACACGAUUUCGAGCACUGAGAAUUGGUCACGGUCGACCCAAGAGGCGAUGCCUUCGAUUGCCCCUAUGGGUUCAGAAGGUGGGCGACAAACGAACCAGGGAAGUCUGCCGAGAGGUUCGGAAUUGCCCGCCUCCUCGGUUCCCAUCGAAGCCGGCGCCGACCCGACAAUGUACGACAAAUUCCUGGCCGGUCCCUCCACCCACACGCCGGAGAUGUCGCUCUGGUAUAAGAAUAUGUUCAAGAAAAUGCACAAGAUCGAGUCUCCUGCCGAAAGCUCCAUUCUGCGACAUCGUAUUCGUGAAGAAUCGCCCGCACCCACGAUAAGCCGUCCACUGACCCCGUUGACGUUCACCGCCCUUCCUCCUUCUCGCUAUGAAUGCGAGGUGACACCGAGGAGGGCGAAAUCGGUCGGACGAAUCAUCGAGCCAGAAAUGCUUGGUGCGUUCUGUUUAGCUAUUCUUUUCUCUGAAUACUAA